AGAUUUCUUCGCAACAACAAUUCGCAGCUGAACUUAUUUAAAACCGAAAAGUGUUCGAUCAGGUUCAAACGCUACAUUUAAAUCGCAAUAAAUCGUGAAGUGUUUGUCAUUCAACUCAAGUGCUAAAAUGCGCACUAUUUACGCUCUAUUGGCCCUGGUGGCUGUGGCUCAGGCCGUUUCGUUUGCCGAUGUUAUCAAAGAGGAGUGGCACACCUUCAAGCUAGAGCACCGUAAGAAUUAUCAAGAUGAGACCGAGGAACGCUUCCGCCUAAAGAUCUUCAAUGAAAACAAGCACAAGAUUGCGAAGCACAAUCAACGCUAUGCCGCCGGCGAGGUUACCUUUAAGAUGGCCGUUAACAAAUAUGCAGAUAUGCUGCAUCACGAGUUCCAUGAAACGAUGAACGGAUUCAAUUAUACGCUGCACAAGCAGCUGCGCGCUUCGGAUUCGAGCCUUAAGGGCGUCACGUUCAUCUCGCCGGCGCAUGUGAAGCUGCCAAAGUCUGUGGACUGGCGCGAUAAGGGAGCCGUCACCGAAGUUAAGGAUCAGGGACAUUGUGGCAGCUGUUGGGCGUUCUCCAGCACCGGCGCUCUAGAGGGUCAGCAUUUCCGUAAGACAGGCACUUUGGUCUCGCUUUCCGAGCAGAACCUGGUCGAUUGCUCUACCAAGUAUGGCAACAAUGGCUGCAAUGGUGGCUUGAUGGACAACGCCUUCCGUUAUAUCAAGGAUAAUGGUGGUAUUGAUACCGAGAAAUCGUAUCCAUAUGAGGGCAUCGAUGAUUCCUGUCAUUUCAAUAAGGCUAGCAUUGGUGCUACAGAUCGCGGUUUCGUUGACAUUCCUCAGGGCAAUGAGCAAAAGAUGUCUGAGGCUGUGGCCACUAUUGGACCCGUCUCAGUUGCCAUUGAUGCAUCGCACGAAUCAUUCCAGUUCUAUUCUGAGGGCGUCUACAAUGAACCCCAAUGUGAUCCUCAGAAUCUCGAUCACGGUGUCCUUGUAGUAGGAUUUGGCACCGAUGAGAGUGGCACAGAUUACUGGUUAGUCAAGAACUCGUGGGGCACCACUUGGGGAGACAAGGGUUUCAUCAAGAUGGCCCGCAAUGCAGACAAUCAGUGUGGCAUUGCCUCUGCUUCCAGCUAUCCACUGGUUUAAAUAAUACAUAUAUGAAUAUAUUUGCGAUAUAUGUGUUUGCAUCGACGCUCAACCUCAUUAAUUUAAUCACAACCAAAACCCUUUUAUAUUCCAAUGCGAGCAUCUCAAACGUAAACUUUUAUAAUUUAAUGGGCAUAUUUACCAAUCUGUAAAAACUAUCAUCAAUGUCUUUUAUGAUUUGCCACUCAAAUGUUGAUACAAAUUAGGCAUAUUACAAUGUUGAUCUUUUGUAUGAAUAAAAAACGUAUUUUAUAAAAUAAAA